ACACCUCAAAGAAAAAAAAAACUUAAUUUGCUAAUCAACACCACCUCCUCCGACUUCGAAGAAUCCUUCAGGUCCAAACGCCUCUCUUCUUCUUCUUCUCCAAAUCAAUAAUCUCGCUUCCUUCUCACGCAAACCUUGGAUCCACCGCAGCUAUGAAGAUCACCGCCUUGCUCGUUUUCAAGUGCGCUCCUGUAUCUACCGAACCCGUCAUCCUCGCCAACGCUUCUGACGUGUCUCACUUCGGUUUUUUCCAGCGAUCUAGCGUCAAGGAGUUUGUCGUCUUUGUCGGCCGCACUGUCGCUAGCCGUACCCCUCCUUCCCAGCGCCAAUCCGUCCAGCACGAAGAGUACAAGGUUCACGCGUACAAUAGGAAUGGACUUUGCGCUGUGGGGUUCAUGGACGAUCAUUAUCCUGUUCGAAGUGCUUUUUCUCUUCUCAACCAGGUCCUUGAUGAGUACCAGAAGAGUUUUGGUGAGACAUGGAGGUCUGCAAAAGAAGAAGACCCCACUCCGACUUGGCCAUAUUUAGUCGAAGCUUUAAACAAAUUUCAGGAUCCAGCAGAGGCUGAUAAGCUGUUGAAAAUCCAGAGGGAGUUGGAUGAGACCAAGAUUAUCCUUCAUAAAACCAUUGAUAGUGUUCUAGAACGUGGUGAGAAGCUGGACAGCCUAGUGGAGAAGAGCUCAGAUUUGAGCACGGCAUCGCAGAUGUUUUACAAGCAAGCGAAGAAAACGAAUUCAUGCUGUACUAUCCUGUGAGCUGCAAUUCUGGAAGUCGUGGGUAUAUAUAUAUCAAACCAAACUUUUGCUGGGGGGAAUCUGGUUUUCCAUUUUAUUUAUACUUAUAAUUUCGCGUCUGUAGUUUGCAUGCAUUUUGAAAUUCCAUAAGACUCGAGUUCGUGUGGUGUGUUUUAUCCAAAUACGUAAUGUCACUUCUGCAAGAAUUCAUUUAUCUCUGCCAGAUUCUCUGA